AUGGAAGUGGUCAGUCGCGAAAAACAACAAAAAAGAUUUACUAAAGUAGAUUUUGUUCUUAUUAUUUUUGGGCUUGUGGUUUAUAUAUUUGAUGUUGGAACAGAUCUCUGGACGGCAAAGAACUUUUUGUGUGAAGGCCAAUACUUGAAGGGCAUCCUAAUACUGUCCACAGGACUGUUUUCAUCAAUAAUUAUUCAGUUUUUCAGUUGUACCUGGUUUAAAGAAGAUGAGACUGAAAAGCUUAAUUGGAAGUUUUAUCUAUUCCAUUUUUUAUGUGGUGGGAUUUUUACAAGAUACUAUUUCACAUUAAAGUUUGGAUAUGAGGCUGUAUUUAUAUCAAACAGUUCCACCACCAACAACUUAUGCAUCAAUGCAAUGGCUGAUAUAAGUAUGCUUCAGGUAUUUAAAGCCUUCUUGGAAAGCACACCCCAGCUUAUCCUUCAGAUGCACAUUGUGAUGGCAUCUGACGAUUCUUCUUUUUAUCAAUAUGUUUCCAUCGCUUUGUCUUUCUGCAGCAUUUCCUGUGCAACAGUGAACUAUCAGAUAGUUUUGCGAAAAUCUCUGCCUGAUAAAAAUGAAUUUAGUGGGGUAUUUUGCAAACUUAUAUAUCUUGUCUAUAAACUGAUGACAUUAACUUCUUGGAUACUUACCAUUAUUUUACUCACAAUGUUGAACAUUACAGGUUCUAUUGUUCUGCUAAUUUUUCUUUGGUUUGGGAAUCUAAGCUGGGUGACAAAGCAAAACACUGAAUUUUGUAAAUUUAAAGCAACAGAAUAUGUUUACAGAAUGAUUGUGGCAAUCAUUCUCAUUUUUACCUUUUUUAAUAUCAAGGGAGAAAACACAGCAAUUGUCCAGAUUGUUUAUUAUGUUUUUCGAAUAAUUGUAAGUGUAAUUAUACUGUGCAUAUGUGGGUACUGGAAAUCAUUACUUGAUGAAAAAAUAUAUUUGCCAGCAUGGAUUGUUGCAGCUGUAAUCUUCCUAAUAUUAGGUAUUAUUUCUCUUAUUAUAUAUUAUACCCUUUUUCAUCCUAGUAUUUAUUGCACACAAGAUGAAGUUGAUGGACCAGGAGUAGAAAGAAAAGAACCCUGCAGAUUUAGUAAAUUCCUGAUAGAAUAA